AGUUCUAUAUAACUUAAAUCUUCACUCUUUCUUUCUUACUCGUCAAAACCCUCAUCUUCCUCCAAAGAAAUCUCAAAUUUUGCCUCUUCUACAAACUUUCUUCACGCCACAUUCACUUUUCUCUUUCAGAUAUAAUACACUCACGCAUAACACACAAAACUCACGAGCAAAUCGACCACAAGGACCUUGAGGAGGUAAUACCACAUGCACAUUCCCUUAAUCUGCCUCAGAUCAAGCGAGCUUUCCACAAAAUAAGCCUUAUCUGACCUUGUACAGAGUCAAAUAUACCAAAAAAAACAAAAACAAGAGUCAAAUUACAGAGCAAGCGCGUUUGAAAAUGGCUACAACAACUUUGUCACUGUACGAGGUUCUUGGGAUCCCCAUGAGCGCAAGUGGGCACGAGAUUAAAUUGGCAUAUAGAAGACUAGCGAGAACUUGUCACCCUGACGUUGUGGCUUUUGAACAAAAGGAAACUUCUGCGAGCGAGUUCAUGAAAAUCCGUGCAGCUUAUUCCACGUUGUCCGAUCCUGAUAAAAGAGCUGACUACGACAGAGAUCUCUUCAGCCGUCGACGACCACCCUUUGGCUAUUCGCCUUCACCGGCGUCGGCUGCCGAAGCCGCGGCCAAUGCCGCCACUCGGUUUUCGCAAUAUUCUCGUAGAUGUUGGGAAACUGAUCAGUGUUGGUAGCUAAAAGGAUGGCUGAUUUUCCACUGCUUUUUUACUCAUUCUCUGUUGUAAUUGAGUUUCUUGUCUUUUGUUGGCCAAAAAAAAAAAA